GAGGAGGAGGAGGAGGAGAGGCUGACGGACUGGCAAGAAUUCCUCAGCGCUCCUCAAAUUUCUUGAAAUCACGGACCUCCAGCUCGACUCCGUCCCGACAAACAUCCAGACCAGCUCCCACCCUGCCGAGCAGAUUUUCCUCGAGCGGAGCAGCUUUUUCACAAAAAAAUGAUGUUGCGAAGUGUGGCUGUGCUCCUUCUGCUGUCCGCGGCUCUCUACAACGCUGAGGAGCUGCAGAGCAAGAGCAAAGUGUGCGCCAAUGUGUUCUGUGGGGCCGGCAGAGAGUGUGCCGUCACUGAGAAGGGGGAGCCCAGCUGUCUGUGUAUAGAGAGCUGUAAGCCCCACAAGAGGUCAGUGUGUGGCAGCAACGGUAAGACCUACAGGAAUCACUGUGAGCUCCACAGAGAUGCCUGUCUGACUGGCUUGAAGAUCCAGGUGGCCCAUGAUGGACACUGCAAGGAGAAGAAAACAGAGCAGGCAGCUGCCAGCCCAGUGGUAUGCUAUGCUGCUGACCGUAAUGAGCUGAGGAGCCGUGUGAUCCAGUGGCUGCAGACUGAGGUCGUCCCGGAUGGCUGGUUUGUCAAAGGAUCCAACUUCUCUGACAUCCUGCUCAAAUACUUCAAGUCUUAUGACAAUGGUGACUCUCAGCUGGACUCCUCAGAGCUCCUCAAGUUCAUCCAGCACAAUGACUCGGUUGUGGAGUUGCAGUCCUACGCAGACCAGGAGAGCAACAAGCUGCUCAGGAGCCUGUGUGUUGAUGCCCUCAUUGAGCUCUCUGAUGAGAAUGCUGACUGGAAACUGAGCUUUGAUGAGUUCCUCAACUGCCUGAAACCUGGCUUCAAUCCACCAGAGAAGAAAUGUGCCUUGGAGGAUGAGACAUAUGAGGACGGAGCAGAGACCCAGGUGGAGUGUAAUCGCUGUGUUUGUGCAUGUGGCAACUGGGUCUGCACUGCGAUGACCUGCACUGACAAAAUGGCGGCUGUGGAUGAGUCAGCAGAUGCUGGGGCAGAGAUGACUGAGGAGGAGUGGAACCUCCGUGUGGCUGAGCUCAACAAGCACCAGGAAACAGUCGAGAAGAUGAAGGCCAGCACAAAGGAGGCCUAAAUAAGGACACAAUGAAGAAGAGGAUGCACGCCAUCACCCUUCUUCCAUACUUGAUUUCCCUUGUGGCCGUGUGUUGUUGUUAAACUGACUUUUUCAUGUUUCUCUGCUAUGUUAAUUAUUAUACAUUUUUUAUAUUGUUUAAGUGUUUGUGUUGAUGUUUGUUAGAUUCAGGGGCUAUCAAAGAGUAUUAUAGGAUUCCCUUGUGUUCAGUACUGUCAUGUUUGAUUGUAUUACUGUGCCCCUACACUAGCCCUGGGGCUAUUUUUACUACAAUCCUUAUAUUUUUACAGUUAUUCUUAAACAAUGUGUCAAGUUGUCACUGUUUUGGAAUGUGGAAGUCACUGUUUGAGAAGGUAGUGAGGUUAGGAAUCUGGAAAAUCCACCUGUUGAAAGGAGGGAGCUGCUGGAGUACGGAGAAAGCUGACCACUUGUCACCUGGUGCAGUAUGUUUCUCAACACCCUCAAAGGUUUUAUGGUCAGGGGGGUGGUUGAAGAAACUGGGAUAAGAGGGUAAAGCUAUUAGUGAUUUUGAAUUUGGUGCCAUUUUAACUGCUACAGUAGGCCACUACUUGACCAAUGCACUUCUCUUUCUUUCUCUGUAGCUUUCCUCGGCUUUAGUUUAUCACAAGCCUGGAAUUUGUUUGUAUCUUAGUGCUAAAGUAAUCAUUCUUUCUGCAAAAGCGUUUGCUUCUAUGUACAGUAUGUUAUUGGCUUGAGGUGGAACUCAUCUUGUUCCCAUGUUAUGCUCGGGCAAGUCUCUCUGGCGCUUUUCGGGUUAAACAUUUUUCUAUAUGUGUCGUACCUUUCUGAAACAAAAACAUAGUGGUCCAGCUUUCAGGGUGAAGCAGCACAACUGCCCCCAGGUGAGACCUGAUCUGAAUAUAGCAUGGUGAAAUCUGAAACCAAAGUCUUGAUGAUGUGUUUGAAUGAUGUACAAAAUUCUCCAGGUAAAACAUUACUCUGGACCCAGCAACAACACUAUACCUGUGCUUUCAAAAUCACUCUAACAGCAGGACUAGCCUCACUGUCAACUAUAGUAGCUUAGACGCAUCAAUAACUGGGUGCAUAUAAAGCGCUUGUCUGUGUGUGUGUGUGUGUGUGUGUGUGUGUGUGUGUAUGUGUGUGUGUGUGUGCAUGAUUGUGUGUGUGCUGUUAAAGUGUGAUGCUGAGAGUAGUUUGGUUUGUUAAAUGUGUUUAUUUGUUAAAAUCCUGUAUCUAAAUUGGGAGAUUUGACAAUAAAAAUCAGUGCCUUAGACCUGCAAACAGUACCUUUGCCUGCACAAAGGCUAUUAUGCCACAAGGCAUAGUGAGAAUGAGUGCGCUUUGCUGAAGUUUAGCAGUAAACUAGUGCUUUGUGACUCUAUUCCCUGAUAAAUGGCUGUGUGAAAGUUGCAUUACUAGGUUUCAAGCUAAACCUUUAUAUUCCACUAAGAGUGCAGAGACUGUAAGGAACAUGUAUGUAUGCCAAUAAAGCCCAUACACCACAACACA